AUGCUUGCCAAUCUCGCCAUCACCGUCUUGAUCAGUGCGGUUUGUGCUGUUCCUUAUCCCCCCUCAGUCGCCGACCCCAGUGUCACCUCAGAGCCCCCUGCCUCAGUUUUCACAGUCAAGAAACCUUAUGGCGGCAACUUCAUGCCCGGAAACCAUCCCCAAAUCACUGCAGGUACCGCUUCUGAAUCUCCAGUUUCUGCCCGCAUGGAGCGACGCCAGAAGGGCGAGCGUGUCCGCUAUGGCAACCUCGCCACCCACAAGAGCCGCAACGUCCAUGACGGCAGGGGCAACGGCGUCGACUCUUAUACAAUGUACUGGGGUGACGGAAGUACUAGACAAGGCUGGCCCCCCAGAAGCCGCUGGGUCUCUUUCGAGAACAUGUUCCACAAUUACAAGAGCCAGAUGUUGCGGUCCUGCGGCAACCAGAACCCCCCUCAGCCCAACAACAGCGGGAAAGAGAUUGGUGCCAUCUACGACGCCAUCCAGAGGGCUGCCGAUGCCUCUGGGGUUGACCACCGCUUCAUCCUCGCUGUCAUGAUGGAGGAAUCCCACGGUUGCGUUCGUGCCCCGACUACCAACUGGGGGGUGCGUAACCCAGGUCUCAUGCAGGACCAUAAUGGCUACGGCACUUGCAACGAUAACGGCCGCGUCCAGAGCCCGUGCCCUGCCUCUACUAUUUACGAGAUGAUCAGUGAGGGUGCUGCCGGUACUGACUCUGGCGAUGGCCUCGCCAGCUGCAUGAACGAGUCUGGUCGUGGGGACAUCUCUGCGUUUUACCGCGCGGCCAGAAUUUACAAUUCGGGCUCUAUUUCCAACACGGGGCAGCUACAGAACGGUAUUGCUACUCACUGCUACGCCAGUGACAUUGCCAAGUGA